AUGGGCUCGCCGCUCCGCACCGUCACCGUGCAUCUCCGUCGCUCGUUGUCCUCGUCGCCAGCGGUUACCGUGGCGAUCGCGGUGGACGGCGGCUCCGGGGUGGACCUGGCGCGGGUGGGGCUUGCGCUGGGGCUGGACCCCGCCUCCGUCCGCCCCAACGGCUACUUCCUCAGCCGCGGCCCCGGCCACGUCUGCUCUGCCGUCACGUGGCGCGCGCUCCUCGCCUUCUUCGCGAAGCGCGGCCUGCCCACUGGCGCCGACGCCGCCGCGCCCGUUGUCGUACACGGCAAGCCCGCCGCGCCAACUGCGCCGGCCUCAGAUCCAACAACUCCUCCAUGCCCAAAGCGAAAACCAGGAGUGGAAGUAGAAAGAUGUCCCAAGAAGAGCAAGCCUCAAGAGAACAAAUCAGCUCUUCCAAAACGAAGGCACGAUGUACUCAGCGAUGAAAUCAUCCUUGGUCUAAAGAGAAGACUCAGGCUGGACGACCCAAUCCCAGCUAAGAAGAUCAAGCAAGUAGAACGCGACUCAGAGACACAGCAACCAGUUAAAUUUUCUUGCGGCUUUGUGAAUGCAAAUGGAAAGCGGCUACGGGAUGAGGAGACGCAGCAACCAGUUAAAUUUUCCUGCGGCUUUGUGAAUGCAAAUGGAAAGCGGCUACGGGAUGAGGAGAUGAUCACCUCGCUUUCAUGUAAAAGAGUUCGGUGA